AUGAAUGGCCUCGGUAUUGUGCUCGAGGAGUCAGACCCUCCUGCUCUUCUACGAUCCAGACCACUGGAGGAGACUACUGCUGGAUCAGAAGCUUUGCUUCCUCCUCUUCUUCCAGAACUAGAUGAACCAGAGAAGUCACUACCUCUAUUGGGUCUUGGAACACCCAUCCCACCCUCACUUCUAUCUCCCUCUGAAUCAGCUCUCCAUCCCGCAAGUUCCAUUACUUCCGAAACUACCCAGGACAUGCCAUCAUUAGUGGUGCCUAAAGGCUUCGCAGUGGAGGGCACGGUACUCGACUUUAACUCAAAACUAUUGUCAUUUCCAUCGAUAGAGCCCCCUACACCUGCGCUGACCACUUUUCUGUCUCUACUGGCAUCUCUGAGCACACAGCCCUCACAGCAGGGUACAAGCACAAACUCAUCGCCCUUGAGCCGAUUGAAAAGUCUAAAGAAAGGCAUCAGAAAGCUUUCGCUCUCUAGAAUCGGCUCAUCCAUCUCAUUGGCGAACUCAGGCUCCACGCCUCAAGUAGAUUUGCCUCCACCUUCAAGCAGACCAAGCAUGUCUCCAGUGCAGCCUGAGUAUCAUAACGAUGCUUGCUCACUGUCUUCCAUUAGUGACAGCUCUCCUCUGAGUACAUUCAGUGGACUGACUGCCCGCAACGCAUCAUGCUCUUGUCCUCCCUCUUACCUCAAACAGUCCAGCCAAGGAGAACCGCAAGCAGCAGCUCAUUUACCUCAUACAUCGUCAGUGGGACAAAUUCUGCUACCCAAAUCCAGAAGACGCACCCUCUCAAAUACAUAUGGAUCUGCUCUUCCUCUGCCUGUGAUUACACUUUCCGACAAUUUGCCUACAAGCAGUGAAAAUUUGAAUGGGGUCGACCAAAGUUUCUUUUGCAAUGUUAGUCGUUCGCCACUGUCACUCCAUUUAGUGAAUAAUGAGGGAAGCCAACGAAGCAGUGACGAGCCAGUCGAUGCUCUAACCAAGCUCAACUCACCAGAGGAUUUGAUCGAUUACCUGAUCUAUCUCAGUGAACACAAAAAGCUGGUCGAGGACGCGUUUACUGUUGCAAAUAGUCAGUUGACCAACUCAGGUUGGUGCUCGAAGCACGAUUUGGAAAACUUAAAUCUACAAAGGGAUGUUUCGUUGAGUCAGAUUGACACGAAACUCUUACAAAUUGAAGAGAAAUUGAACUCUGAUUUCAAUGUUUCGAUGCUCAAUAAUAUUACUGUCCAAACUGCAACUAAAAGUGAGUUUGGCAGAAAAUCUAUUGAAAGCAGGGUUCCUCUGAGCCCGAGUCUUAGAGUAUUAGAGAAGAAAUUUCAUCUGUUUUCUCUGGAACAGCAAGCUAUUCUUCACUCAAAUUAA